AUGACCACAGAUUCAAACACUUUCAAGUCAAAUCGCCCUGGGCCGGAUGAAGAUGGAGCAAAAAAACUUCGAAGAGCUUGCAAUGUUUGCCAUAGAAUGAAACUUCGCUGCUCGGGGACAAGUCCCUGCACUCGCUGCAAAAAGGCGGGGUCUGAAUGUGUGUACUCAUUUGCGGCCAAGAUCGGCAAGCCUAAAGGCAGUCGAAAUAAGAAGACAUUGGAAAAGUUACAACAGAGGAACGAAACUAUCGGAGAGAGUAAAUUUCAUCAUCCGAUCAUAUCUACUCCGGUGACAGAUCGCUCUGUUUCUCUCGAUUGCGACUUUGAUGACGAGGAGGUGUCUGAAGACCAAGAUAACAUUUUGAACUUUGACACUUGGAUGUCAGAUCACACUUUGGUUUCCUUAUCAGAUGUGGAAUUCCCGAUCGAGACUGAGGGUUUGAAAGAAAGCACGAUGUGGGAUGUUAGGGUGGUGCAGUCCAUUGAUCUCUUUCCGGGCAACAUGCCACUGGAAGAUACCGGGCUCCAAUCCCAGUAUCAGAUGACAGAAGGUUCAUCAACGACACAGCUGGACAGUAUAAAUCAACGAAAUGGCCAGGCUAGCUGUUUGUGUCUUCAGUAUCAGUUUGAAUCCCUUUGCAAACUCAAAGGUCUGGAGCAAAGCCGUGGACCGGUUCAGGCGGACACGGAUUUCGCAACAACUUUAAACGCACUUACAGCUACUCAAACGGUUCUUAAUUGCGAUCAUUGCCAGGAAGACUCCGAGACAAACAUGUUAGUUACAAUGGUGGUAGACCUGGCGUUUCGGCGCCUUCAGAAUUUGACUGCUGCCACGCCAGACGGCUUGGUGGAACUCCGACUCACCCUCGGAGGCAUACAGAUGGUCGAGACUGAACCAUUAUCAUCGAUGCGCAAAACCAUUGUCACAUUAGCUCGCGACCAAGUUGAGCAAGUUUUCAUUGCGAUGCGGACACGUGUCAGUCAAUUAAAUGCACGGGCAAAGGAAACGACUCAAAAGGAUGUUGACAAAAUGCAUGCUAUGAGGUUGCAACUGACUUUGAUGCGCCUCGAGAUGAUGUUCACAGCUCUUCAGACGAUUUUAAAAUAG